CCAAUCAACAGCCGGGGCGGUGGGGAUCCGGCUGGAACCGGUUGGGCCGCGUCCGGCUCUAUAUAAAACUUUAUAAACACCAUUCGAAUUAGUGGGGUCGCGAGCGACACGAGCGAGCCCGACAAACGGAGCCCCCCCCUUUCUGUUUCUCUCUUUCCUUCUGUUCUUCCUCCUUGCGCGGCUUCCCCGCCCCCCCUUUACAGGCGAUCGAGUUUCUCUCCUAUAGAGACGGCGCUUUUCUAUUUCCAGCCGAGCCUCCUUUCUCUCUCUCUCUCUCUCUUUCUGUCACGCGCUGCCGACAUGCCCAAGAGAAAGGCUGAAGGAGAUACCAAGGGUGACAAGGCCAAAGCAAAGGAUGAGCCACAGCGGAGAUCAGCAAGGUUAUCUGCUAAACCUGCUCCUCCAAAGCCAGAACCUAAACCUAAAAAGGCAGCUCCAAAGAAGGGUGAGAAGGUACCUAAAGGGAAGAAGGGGAAAGCUGACGCAGGGAAGGAUGGAAACAAUCCUGCAGAAAAUGGAGAUGCCAAAACAGACCAGGCACAGAAAGCUGAAGGUGCUGGGGAUGCCAAGUGAAUUGUGUGAAUUUUUGAUAACUGUGUACUUCUGGUGACUGUACAGUUUGAAAUACUAUUUUUUAUCAAGUUUUAUAACAAUGCAGAAUUUUUUGUUUUACCUUUUUUUUAAAAGCUAUGUUGUUAGCACACAGAACGCUUCGUUGUUGUGUUUUGGGGGAAGGAGUGGGGACAAAUGCCAUUGACUCUCUUACUUAGAACCUGGACUUUUAAAAGUCCCGCUUAAAUUUUACAAGAGGGGGUCUACAUGGACACAAACAAGCGGAAUUCCCUGAUAUUGUUAAUCUUUGGUUUCUGAAAUGCUUGAGUGAUCAUUGAAAUUCCCCAAAAUGCCUGUGUCUGAGAAGAAGGUACAUUUAAAACUGUACUUAGAUGUCCUCUAUCUGUUCUUUCACAUUGUCAUUUGCAUUGCAUUUACCACUCCUUUGAGUGUGGCAUAGGGUCUUUUGAUACUUGCUCUCAUAAAUCAAAUGCAUACCCACAGUGUCAGGCAAUCCAGACUUCUGGUGUCAAAUACUGAGGGAGGGAGGAUGGCUCUCAGAUGAGCCACAUUUCUUUUUAUAUUGUGAAUCUUCAGAUUAAGAAUUCUACGGUUUUGUUUUCCUUUAAAAGUCAGGGUAGGCUUGUGAAAAGUUGUCAAACAACAUACUAAAUGUGAAAGUGUCCACCCUCACUCUAAACUUUCCCUGUUCCAAGUAUGAAUUAAAAGAUUCUUCAUUGGGUUUUAUAUAGUAACUUUACAUUUUGGUAGUCCAAGGAGAAGGGGAGUUGGAACUUGUUGUAAAACAUUGCCGAUUGUAGCCCAUGUCCUGCCUGAAUACCAUUGAUUGAUUGUUUUAUGAAAAGUACCUUUAAUAAAGCUGGAUAUUGUUUGGCUUGGA